GCAGCUUCGUGGGGGCUUCAAGCGGCUUGAAGUGGCAGCAGCAGCAGCAGCAAACUGUGUGCGGCGGCAUUUUUUAAAGCGGAAACGAAAGUGCAGACAAUUCGACAUAGUGUUAAAUUGUGCAAACUGUUGCUCAUCGUGGUACCAAAAAAAAACACAAAAAAUGAAAUAGAGUGAUAGAGAGAGUAAAUCGAGUGAAAGCGGAAAACGCAAUUAAGACAAUUAGCAAAGUUUUGCAGAGCAAAUACAAAACGAAUUUCGGCAAAAAUGCUGGGAUUACGCAUGUUGUCGUUGGGCACUUGUUGCGCUUGCAGGACACUCGCUUAAUUGCUAAUCCUCGCGCGCCCAGACGCCUCUAAUUACACAAGCAGCAGCAACACAAACAUUGAAAAUGGCCCAACAACAACGCAGUUGGGAUGAGGGAGCCGUAGGAGGAGGCGGCGGCAGCGGUGGUGGCUAUGGUCAUCCACAUCCACAUCCCCAUCAUCAUCAUCACCACAAGACUCCAGCUAGAGCAUCUAGCAAUCCAUUGCCAUACAAGGGAGCUACUCCCAAAUCGCCAAGGAGCACUUAUCAUCCGCCUUCGGUAUAUGCCACACCCACUACAAGUUGUAGUGGCGCUGCCGUUGGCGCUGGAGGACCACGCAGUCCUGGCUAUGGCAGCAGCUAUGGCAGCGCUCCCAGAAGUCCCCAAAUUACCACCACCUAUGCCAAUGAUAGUUGCGACGAUGGCAGCAGCUCUACGCCAAGUUCCUACUAUCAAACACCCACCUCGGGCUCCAUGGACGAUUCAUCAUCGUUGUUAAGUGGUCAUGCCACAGCACGCAGUCCAUGCAAAUCGCCAUGCAAAUUCGUUUUCGAUGCCAUCAGUCCAAGCCCGGGAAUGGAUCAGAAUGCCUUGGGCAAGAAAUUUGAAUACUAUGAGCCCAUCUCACCCGACGAUGGAGCCAUCUACUAUGAGCCGCCAAGCUCACCGCGUCGACAGGGUUCGACAAAGAAGCUUUUGAGAAACAAACCGGUGCAGGAACAGCUGCCUCCCCAGGUGACCACAACGUGUGUGGGUGGAGUGACCGGCAAUCAGGGUGGACAGGGCAAAAGACGACGCGAUGAAUGGGAAUUGCCCGUGAUCACCAAACUGGAUGCCAGAUGUCUUAAUGCAGUCGCCGCCGGCGGCUCAGGCGCUACUUACUUUAACCUGAAACGUGAUUCUUGUGUCACAGAGUGCACUCAGCUAUCCAUGGAAUCGGGAGAAACCGGUACUCAGCAUACGACAACCACUAGCUUUACUAGCUACACAGAUCCCGAGCCGGGAAACUCGAGUGCAAGUGGACAACCUCAGUUGUCACAUCGUCAGCGCCGUCAUGCCAUUAAUAUAACUUCCAAUCCAGGAUAUCAAGUCCUCCAUAGCUCGCACUCUACACUGGAUCGCACCUGUUCGGAUAGUGUGGUCUCAUUGCGCUAUCACCGCAAGUCCACCAGUGAUCUUACCCAGGAUGCUGAGCAUGAGUUGAGUGGCUGUAAGCCACAGAAACCCAAACGAGAUCAGGCGCCAGUAGAGUAUAAGCCGCGUCGGCGUGGCAGCUCCAAGGGUGGUCUGGCCUAUUUGGCCAGUCGUCGCAGUUCACGCGAGUCGAUGAAAAGCGCCUGUUCGAAUACGUCCAUCUUUUCGAAUGACGACAUUGGACCCUUGGCCUUUCAGAGCUCAAACCGGGGACGUCAGCGUAGGACUUCCAAUUUUCUGGAGUUACCAGUGCCGGAUCAUAUACGUCCGCGUGUUUGCUCACUACCGGAACGUCCAUACAAUCCGCGGGCCAGCGAUGAUCUCUAUCGUCUGCGUCACUUUUCCAUUAGCAAGGGCAAUGUAGUCAAUUGCGGGGAUUCGAUCAUUUCACGACGUUCUCGGAGCAACACGAGUGUGAAUUCUACGAAUAGUCGGGCCAGUGAACGUUCUCCCUUCGAGGGAAGUUGCUGUGGAGCUGGUUAUGCGAAUGUUGAUUCCCUGCCCGCCUCUCCGGAUGAAUCGGAGAAUCAAGAGCCACCGCCACCGGCUCGCUAUCGUGUGGUCAUGCUCGGCGAUGCUGGAGUGGGCAAGACGGCGCUGGUCAAUCAGUUCAUGACCUCGGAAUAUAUGCACACCUACGAUGCCAGUUUAGUUUUAGACGAUGAGUUUGGCGAGAAGACCGUGAGUGUCCUGCUGGAUGAUGAGGAAUCGGAAAUGGUAUUCAUUGAUCACCCUAGUGUUGAGAUGAGUGUAGAGAAUUCAUUAUCCACAUAUGAACCACAUGGCUGUGUUGUGGUUUUCUCUGUUGUGGACAAGGGCUCCUUUCGUAAUGCUGAGGAAAUCAUCAAUUAUUUGUGGCAAGAGAAUUAUACCAAGGACAAGGCUGUCAUAUUGGUGGGUAAUAAGGCGGAUUUGGCUCGUGCCCGGCUUAUCACAUCACAAGAGGGCAAAACAUUGGCCGCCUCACGCGAUGCCAAAUUUAUUGAGACGUCCAGUGGCAUACAGCACAAUGUCGAUGAGCUUCUCGUCGGCAUAUUGAAACAGAUGCGUCUCAAGGAAGUUAGAGAGAAGAAAGCUACCUCAUCCAAGAUGAAAACCUCACGCACUCACAUAUCUUUGCAUCUGGCCAAGGAGAUACUACAGAAAAUAUGUCUAAGUGACAUUUCCAAAUCCAAAAGCUGUGAAAAUCUUCACGUGCUUUAAACAACAAAACAAAAUAAAAAACACACAGAGCUAUAUAAAACUAUUUUGCUAGAAUUAUAUAUAUAAAGAUAUCUAUAACUGAAAGGCUCAGUUUUAGCAAAAACACAAAGCAUAAAAAAAAACCUUUGUCAAUGUCAUUGUCUUCUUUUUAACAAGAACGAUUUAUUUAUUAUUAUAAAUGUGCUAAAGAAAAGCCAAAUGGAGAAGCCACACUGUGUGGGGAGGGCAAAGGACAUAUACAUUAUUAGAGGCAUCUGCUCCCUUUUGUGGUUUUGUCCAUGAAAAAUGUUGUCUCUGCCAUCUUGACCACAAGUCAUUGGCAGUGGUCAGGCCUACGACGAUGACGACGACGACGACGAUAAUUCGUUUGUUUAUGGCGGAUGUUUUGAUUAGCUUAUCACCAGCAACAAACUGGAAUGUGUCUGGCCCCAGACGAAGGCCGGACCAGGGCCUCUUGGUAUUGAUAAGCCACAGCAAAAAGGGGCGGGUGACCCAGAGACGCGUGUCUCUAAAGAGGCACGGCAAAGAAAAUAUCAAAAUAAAGUAUUUACCAAUUGAAGUCUACAAUAAUAUUAUAUAUAUAUUUAUAUGUAUGUAUUUAUAAAUGUGUUCUCAAU